CAUAUUUCUUCUCUGAUAAGAAUCUCUAAAAGAAAAUUAUUAAUAAUAACUAAAAUUUCCCUUUUAAAAACUUCACAAACCUUUGUAUUAAAAACAAAAUAAAAACCCUUCACGAUCCUUUCUCUAUUUCUCGAUCCUAACUCCGGGAAUUUUUUUUUCCAUUUCGUUUUCCGGGAAAUAGUUUUCCCGGAAAAGUACGAGCCAAAUUGUCUAUCGGACCAAUCAGAAAAAAAGAAACAGUAGCUUUCUUUUGAAUGGGGCAACAACAAUCAAAAGACGAGUUGCUAUACAAUCAAGUCAAUUAUGGUAACGCAGAAGGGAUCAAAUCUCUUUUCCGUGAAGGCGCAGGCCUCGAGUGGAUGGAUAGAGAAGGGAAAACGCCGUUGAUAUUAGCGUGUUUGAAUCCACAGCUUUUUGAUGUUGCCAAGACUUUGAUCGAACUUGGUUCUAACGUUAACGCUUAUCGUCCAGGUCGUCAUGGGGGGACACCCUUGCACCAUGCAGCAAAAAGAGGCCAUCUAAAUACAGUCAAAUUACUUCUUUUUCAUGGAGCUAAUCCGUUGGUGAUGAAUGAUGAUUGUCAAACUCCUCUAGAUGUUGCUAGGGUGAAAGGAAAUGUCAAUGUUGUAAGGGCAAUUGAGGAUCAUAUAUGUUUAUUCUCUGGUUGGAUGCGGGAGUUUUACGGGCCAGGAUUUAUUGAAAUGUUUGUUCCUCAGUUGCUUUCAAGAAAAGUUUGGGUGGUUGUUCUACCAACUGGUUCCCGAAAUAAUUCAAAACCUUUCAAGUUGGAGCUGGCCAUAUAUUCUACUUUGCAGGAUGCCCAACCACGUACGGUUAUUGCAUUGUGGAAAGCUAAUUUGGAGGAGCCAAAGCUUGACCAACCUGAUCCUUCUGUGGCAAUUCUUGAUAAUUCCAGCAUCUCAAGACGAGGGAGGCGAAGACGAACCAUUUACACCUCCCGAGAGGCGAGGUGUAAAGCUGGAAUAGUUAGGCGUAAGCAUGAAACACGCAUUAAACUUGCACCUGGAAAUGAAAAUGAUCGCCAGCAGCUGCAAUGGUUUUGUGAUGCAUGCAAAGGAAUUCCACAGGCAAGCGGUCCUGCAUUUCUGCAUGUUUCUCAGCCUCCAACUGCUCCAGCAGAUGCAGAGGAUUUAGAAUUAGCAAUGGCAAUUAAUGCCUCGAUCCAGUCAGCUAUAGCAGAGACGCCCAAUUUUGAGUUGCAUACUGGCAAUGAAGCUAGUUCAUCCUCCAGUUGGGGUAACUCUGCAAGUACAAGUGCCCAUGGUGGCUCAGUAGGGCCAGUGGAGGUUCCCCCUUCAAAAGCAAGUACUAGUGAAUGGACAAUGACUGAAGCUAGCUCCAGUGGAGACUCAACCGCAGGCACCAAUGUCCACAAUAGUAAUAUCUCUUCUGUUCUUAUGGGAGUACAAACUGCAGAUUCAGUCCCAACAGCUCCACCAGCCAUGGACGAGAUUGUAGAAGAUGGUCCAAUCCAAUAUCCAUCAAUCGAUUCAACUCCUAUCAAUAUGCCUACCUCAGGUGCUGAAAACUUAGCUGCUAAUGCUGGUCAAACAAAGGAAGAUGGGGGCCCUUCUUCGUGCACGAUAUGUUUGGAUGCUCCAUCAGAGGCAGCUUGUGUCCCCUGUGGCCAUGUUGCCGGAUGUAUGUCAUGUUUGAACGAGAUCAAAGCGAAAAAAUGGGGCUGCCCUGUUUGUCGUGCCAAGAUCGAGCAGGUUAUAAAGCUAUAUCGUGUUUGAUUGAAUUUUGCAUCUGAAAUUUGUAUAACCUGUAAAUGAUUUUCAGUGAUUUCUGCGCGUUGAAGAAGUUUAUUUCUCUUUAUUUGAGCAUUGGCGCUGUUAGUUUUUGUAAAAUAUUUAACAUAUAUCUUUUAAAGAAAAUACAUUUAAUAUAUAGUUGCAAUAAAAGAGUUUGUAUUUUCCUAA